CUUUCUUAAACGGGUAGAGUACUUUUUAGCGGACGGGUCAGCUCACAUACAUCAACUUCAAUCUACAUAAUGUACAACAUAAUACUUGCACGGUUGCACUUCCACCUUAAGUCUACUGGAUCACACGUAAUAUACCGGCCAAAUGGUUACAUUUGUCUAGUGAUGAGUAAGCCCUCCUCAUAAUUUACCCUGCCGAGGAAGAGCUUACUCCGAAAUGUAUACAGAAUAGUCAGAAAAUUUUCAAUUUUACUUCAUCUAUAGUAUAGGUUUUUGAUGCCCUUUGCCAGCCUCCUGGAGCCAACUCGAAGGUCUAAUUGCGGGCAACAAAAUUUCCAAACAGCAAACCUAACAGUAAAAUGCUCAGUUAAAGUACGAUUUUGAUCAAAUACUAUUAAAUUGAAGCAGACGCUGGAUCCCAUGUGAGUUAGAUUUCUUGCUCUUGUGGUCACACAUCCCAAUGCAAAACUCCGAAUCUGCAGAGCACAAAAAGAUGGAACUUUCAAAAUAAACAUUUUUCCAUGAACACUUUCAAUUAUUGUUCUAGCCCACCAGGCAACAAUGAUUAUUCUCCUCCCACUUGCAGUUGUGUGUAGUACUUUAUACUACUAGAUAAAAGCUUCGAAGAACUUUAGGAGGAAUUCGAACCAAUUUCCAGUUGCUGGAAAUAAAAAUGUGGAACAAUCUCCCCUGUGAUCUUUUAGCCCACAUAUUCUCCUUCUUACCUCCUGACUCGUUAGCUUGCGCUAAAUCAACUUGCCGGAAUUGGCACGAAUGUCCCGACUACUUGCAGUUGCCGGAGUCUGGUCAGUGGUGGGGUAGAAGAAAUCCGGCGUGGUUCAUGGCCGUGCCGAAUCGGAACCGGGUAUCAAUUUGCUACGCCCAGAACCCAGUUAACAGCCGCUGUUACAUUUUAUCUCUCGACUUCAUUCCGACCCAUAUCCGGCCGGUUUCUCCCAUCGGCGGCCUUAUCCUGUUCCGACCAAUUAGCACCACAGCCCUUCAAUUAGCCGUAUGUAAUCCUUUCACCCGGCAAAUCCGGCACCUCCCGACGCUCAACGUGGCGAGAACUAACCCGGCUGUGGGCACCAUAGACGAAUUACCAUCAAUUUCAAUUCCGGGAAGCCAGUUUCAGUACAGAGUAUAUGUGGUCGGCGGGAUGUCCGACGCCCCAAGCGGCGGCGCAACCUACGAGCCCACCAUAGAAAUGUACGAUUCAAGAACCGAUUCGUGGGCAAUCAUCGGAUCAGUUCCGAUAGAAUACGCGGUGAGGCUAACGGUUUGGACGCCGAACGAAAGCGUGUUUUGUAACGGAACCCUGUACUGGAUGACAUCCGCCAGAGCAUACAGCGUGAUGGGAUUCGAGAUUGCCACCGGAAAAUGGAAGGAAUUGAGCGUCCCGCUUGCGGACAGGCUCGAAUUCGCCGCGCUGGUGCGGAGGAACGGGAAGCUGACGGUUCUGGGCGGCAAGUGCGGAGGGGACGCGUAUGUUUGGGAGCUCGGAGAAGGGGAAGUUUGGGGAGUGGUGGAGAAAGUGCCGUUUGAAUUGGGGAUGAAGUUUUUGGGCGGGAAAGGGUGUUGGGAUAAUACCAGAUGCGUUGGGAAUGAUGGGAUGGUGUGUUUGUAUAAGGAUCUUGGAUCUGGAAUGUUGGGUUGGAGGGAAGUUGAUAAUGGCGGAGGAAGAUGGGAUUGGUUUUGGAUUGAUGGAGGCUGUUUCACAAUCAGAGGCCAUCAGUUGCAGAAUUUGCAGAUCAAAGGCUUACUUCUGUAUCCAAAUCUUUCUCGUUCGGGUCUUUUCAGUUCAUCAUUGAACCGAUUAUGCAAUUUGGGAUGAUUUGAUCGGGGGAAUUCUACAUCAAUGUAAGAAGGUGGAAUUUUCAACAUAACAAGCCAUAUUGCCAUAAUGACAAUUUGGCCAUUGGGUGAUUUUCCAAGCAAGAUUGUACCAGGAAGGCAGAAACCCAAAAACAAAGGGAAGAAAAAACAGCCAAGAAUAGUAAAAGAAAAGAAUUUGGCGGAACAAGCCAUUUGCUUUGCUGCUUCUACAAUAUAGCACCAAAUCUGGUGCUCAAUCAGUCAAUUGUAGCAGCAGCACUUUCCUGUUGUUGUUUUGCUGCAUUACUGGAGCGGAAAUACCACAAAUCCACUUGCAAAUUUACCGAUUUGAUGCAAUCUUGUAGACGUUCCUAGGCAAUGAGAACCUUUUUUCUUGAUGAAAUGACUCAAAAUAAAUAAAUAAUAGUAUAUGAAUAAAUAAUGUGUAUAGGAGAAGAGGCUUAAGUUUGGUUUGGGCUUUAAGCAUCCAAGCUACAAUUUCUCUCUGCACUUGGCCUGCUAUUAUUGCGAUAUCCAGUAGAGGAGCCCAGACCCACAUUUUGAUUUUUG